AUGAACAUGGAGAAAGUCAAUUCCAUGGACUUUGGAGAAUUUGUGGACGUGUUUGGAAAUGUCAUUGAAAGAUGUCCUCUGAUUGCAGCAGCUGUCUGGUCCCAGCGUCCGUUCUUUGACUUGGAAGAUUUAGAGAAGCAUUUUUUUGCCUUUAUAGAUGCUCUUCCACAGUCAGGACAGGAGGGCAUCCUGCGCUGCCACCCGGACCUGGCGGGUCGCGAGCAGCAGCGGGGCACGCUCACUGCCGAAUCGCAGCGGGAACAGAGCAGCGCGGGCUUGACAAGCCUGAGCGCAGAAGAGCGGCAGCAGCUGGAGAAGCUCAACGCGCAGUACCGCGCGCGCUUCGGCUUCCCCUUCGUGCUCGCCGCGCGUCUCAGCGACCGGGCGGCGGUGCCUAGAGAGCUGGAGCGCCGGCUGCACUGCCAGCCAGCGCAGGAGCUGCGCACCGCCCUGGGCGAGGUGAAGAAAAUUGGCCACCUGCGCCUUGUCGACCUUCUCGGUGCCGACUCCUCCAGGCUGUAG